GUUUGCUUGUCCGGACCCCACGCCUUGGAAGAAAAAGGCGUCGUCGCCCGGGAUUCCGCCAUUGAUGCGGCUAUGCUAUGGCGUCGAGACAGAAGUCCCUCCUUGACCAAGACAAUGGCAAGGCGAAUGUACGUUCUGCUUGAAUUUCUUCAUCCGGAUUCAUACCCCAUCGCUUGAGUGAAGCGUUGACGCGAUGGAUGGUGUUCAGAAGCCAGGUCGACCGUGUCAGCAACGGACGAGAAGCGCAAACGAUGUCUCGCAUGACAGCCACUGUUCACCCUCGAAGCCGACUACAUCUAGACCCAACAUCACCCCGAACGCGCGGAACAAAACGAAGCCCAAGGCGUUUCAGUUCAUCGAUGGUCGACCGUCCAGUCAACAGACUAGCGAGCUUGAGAAAGAGAAUUAUGACCUCGCCGGCCAAGACGUCGUCCUACACCAGCAGGCUAGCCAGACCCCCUUGAAGAGCUCCUCUCAGCCGGAGCCGGUCGACAGGAAGCUUCCACCUUCGACCCCGGCUCCUCGACUCCCGCUGGCCGACCUGCUGGGCAACGCAGACGAGAAAAGAAGGGCUGUGGCAUCCAACGUCACGCCGGAAGAACAUGUGUUAUGGGCCCACGUACAAACCCCAGGAAGCUCUCAACGCGCCAUAACGCCCGCACGAAAGCGAAAACGUGCGAAAAGCAGCUCACCUGCGCCAUCCUCUCAGCAGGAACAGCUCUCGAAUUCCUGCAAUGACAACCAUGGUGCGGCCAAUUUAGAUCGACUGCAGCUUUCGCUUGCAACUCCGCAUGUAGAUCCAGCGGCAGAUCUGUGGCAGCGGUACGCAAACGGUCCCGAGGGCGCAGUUGCGGACAAAUCUGCUGCAUUUGCCUACUUGAUUCGCGAUCCCUCGCCUAAAUCACCAGCGUCAGCGGGUAGUGUUGGCGGUCUAAGGAGAUGGGCCAGUUGUGGUGUUGAAUGGCCACAGUCUGCGACGAAGAGGCGGAGAAUAGCACGUCGUACGGAGGAGCUCCCGCAACACAAAGAGGAGAAUGAAGGUGGAAAGAAGGGGUCAAGAGUGGGAGCGCUACUGGAGCGCAUGAAAGAGACUCUGACAAAAUCUGUUCAAGCACCUCUUGAGUGCCCGUCAAGCUCAUCGCCUUUGCCUGAUCGCGUGCUGAGGCAGGACGAGCUCCCGUUCCAGCAGCACUUGUCACCGGUACAAGAGCAGAUCGGAGACCGAAGUCCCAGUCCGACGAAGCAAAAGUCUCCAGAACCUGUCCAUAAGUACGCUUCCUCGGACUGUGGUGACGAUAAGGCGGAUGCGGAUAUGAUCGAUGCCUUUAGCACUACGAAAAAUGUGCAUCCUGCUCGCCUCAACACCAAGCCGCUUGAACGCAGGAUACAGCCCCGGUCCAAGAGAAACACUCCUGUUCCCUCGUCGGCACGCGUGCGCAAGCCUUUCGUACCGCCCAAAAUGAUAAAGCAACCUUCGGCGUCGGUAGCAUCUGUAAAGUCGCCGGUUGCGGAUACGGUUGUGUCGAGACAGCAGUCACAGUCUGAUGACUUUUUCGACGAUGAUGAUGACGACGAUCUUCUAGAAGUUGAUCUUGAUAAAAUCACAGCUGAGUUUAACAGUCAGCAACGCACCGUUCAAGCGUCAACUUCAAAGGCGCAGGUCGCAUCGCAACCUAGCUCACGUCCCCCCAUACCUGAGGCUAGUGAAGCUAAAGUAGAGAAACCGGCAGAAAUUAUCCAAGUCAUUUCGGACGACGAGUUUGGAGACGAUGAUAUAGAUGAAGAGCAAUUUGCGGCAGUGGAAGCCGCCGCAACGCAGGCUUUUCAAGUUAAUGAUCGAUCAACCCACGCCAAUUGUGAAGUACCGAGUGUAAGGACGAUCCAACGAUAUCACAUCACCGCCAUACACGAAGCCCCAUAUCUUGACGAGCAUGGUCGCCAACAGCUUCAGAAGGUGCUUCGUGUUGAUGAGCCACGAGCGGAUCAAACACGGACCAUAUUGCUUCGGCAGUCGUGGUUCGAAACACCUGCCACCGUGGGUUCGUAUGUGCAUGUCAUUGGCGAAUUUGAUGCAGUUGGACAGUGUAUAGUCGACAACACCUCCAAUAUUCUUAUCCUGCAUCCUGACCACUUAAUUUCCGCCACCGUUGUAGCGGACUCGUUUGGCUGCGUACGACGAGCCGUUCUCCAAGAUCGAGUCAAAGUUACAAGCGAGGCAACUCCCCCGAUGAUGUACGGCCACAUCCUUCAUGAAUUGUUUCAGGAAGCCAUGAAAGCCAAUGAAUGGACCGAUGAUUCAUUUGAGAAAUAUAUGAGAGUGAUACUUCCGCGUCACUAUGAUACUAUGGUCGAAAUCGGACUCAAUCUCAACCAAGUACAUGAGUACCUUCGGAGUAAAUUUCCCGAAAUGCGUGCCUGGGCUGAACUUUUCGUCUGCUCUUCGCCUCGACGAGAUGCUGUUAUUAAGGGCAGGAACGGACAGCAGGCCAUUAUGAGCAUCAACAAGCUCCUUGAUGUCGAAGAACAUAUAUGGUCCCCGAAUUACGGCUUGAAGGGCAAUGUUGAUGCAACAGUGCAGGCAACCAUCAGGGAUGGUGGUAGCUCGAGAGUACUUACCGUACCCUUCGAACUAAAAACUGGAAAGAGAGUCAACGAGAACCAUGUUGCCCAAACAGCAUUGUAUACACUUCUCACGUCUGAUCGAUACGAUGUCGAAAUUACCGAAGGUAUUCUGUAUUACCUUGAGAGCUCGCAUAUCAUGCGUGUACAAGCUAUACGGCACGAGCUGAUACAUUUGAUCAUGAAGCGCAACGAGCUUGCGUGCUAUGUACGUGAGCGGUUAAAAUUGCCGCCUAUGCUUCCAGAGUCGAAGCAGCGUCUGUGCAACAAUUGCUAUGCUCAGACCACGUGCUUUCUUUACCACAAGCUUGCAGAGGACGGUACAAGCCAAACGAUCGCUAACAAGGGCAGAUUCGAGGAGCUUGUAAGAUAUCUCAAGCCAGUGGAUCAAAUUUUCUUCCAGAAAUGGGAUCAACUGCUCACAAAGGAGGAGACGGAGAUGAAGAGAUUCACUCGUGAACUGUGGACUAUGCUCAGCCACGAACGGGAGAAAAAGGGGCGAUGUUUUGGCGAAGUAAUCAUCGAGCCAGGUACGGCUAUUGAGCUGCCUGAGGCGAUGAAGAUCAACCGGUUUCAGUACACGUUUAUUAAGAAGAAGAACGUUUCUGGAUUCAGCUUCACGGAGUCACAGAUUACAGUUGGAGAGCCCAUUGUGAUUUCGGACGAAAAAGGGCACUAUGCCCUCGCUAAUGGCUAUGUCACCCACGUGCAUAAGAAUCGUAUCACUGUUGCAGUGGAUAGAAGGUUACAUAAUGCGAGGACAAGAAGACCAGGAUUUCACUCGCAAACUAACCAGGACUUCACCGGUGUGAUGGAGGUACUUGCUACUCAGGAAACUGACGGUACAGAACCGGCACUCUACCGAAUUGAUAAAGACGAGUUCUCAAACGGGAUGGCAACUGCACGAAACAACAUGCUCCAGAUCAUGGAUGAUACCAUCUACAGAGCUUCUGAUAUACGAGCCAUGAUCGUACAAGACAGGCCACCUACAUUUAAAUUGCCAGCUAGCGCGAUUCCGCUUCAAAGCGAAACCUGGCAGGCCGAGAUGAAUAGCGAUCAGAGGGCAGCUAUCGAACAGGUCAUGGCGGCGCAAGACUACGCUUUAGUGCUCGGUAUGCCAGGAACCGGCAAGACGACGACGAUUGCGCAGAUCAUCCGGGCGUUAGUGGCGAAGGGGAAGAGCGUGCUUCUCACAAGCUACACACAUACUGCUGUUGACAACAUUCUGCUUAAGUUGAGGGAUGCUGGUUUUGAUGUGUUGAGAUUGGGUGUGCUGGCCAAAGUGCACCCUCAGGUAAGGGAAUUUGUCAUACUCGAUGCACAGCAAAAAGAAUCUCUGGAGGACGUGCAGAAUGCGUGGUACAAUCCGGCCGUUGUCGCUACGACGUGUCUCGGUGUCAAUCAUCCCAUUUUUCAUAAACGCACAUUCGACUACUGCAUUGUGGAUGAAGCAUCUCAGAUUACGUUGCCCGUUUGUUUGGGUCCUAUUCGGAUGGCAAAAACUUUCAUCUUGGUCGGCGAUCAUUUCCAGCUUCCCCCCCUGGUCCAGAAUAAGGAAGCUCUGGAAGGCGGUCUUGAUAUGAGCUUGUUUAGGCUGCUGUCUGAGAGACACCCAGAGGCUGUCGUUAACCUGGAGCACCAGUAUCGCAUGUGUGCUGAUAUAAUGUACUUGUCCAACACUUUGAUCUACAAUGGUCGUUUGAAGUGCGGUACACCAGCGGUCGCACAGCAGAGCCUUCAAGUGCCGUAUCCGGAGCAGUCAUUAAGGAUACAUCACUUCCCGAUCAAGCAACAAACGCUCAGUGCUGAAAGUCCAUGUGUGGGCCCAUCCUCCACGUGCCAUCUUCACCUCGCACUUCAACCUCAGAGCAAAAUUCUUUUCUUCAACACUGACAACCUUCUGCCAGCUUCUUCGGAGGUUUUGAGUGGUACUCGAAUUACCAAUCCAUUUGAGGCCGUUUUAACCUCUCAAUUUGUCCUUACUCUGCUCGACGCGGGCAUUAACGCCGCGGACAUCGGUGUUAUUACGUUUUACCGGUCCCAACUUGCUGAACUUCGGCACAUAUUACGCUCUCAACCUUCCAUCGAACUCCACACGGCGGACAAGUUCCAAGGCCGUGACAAGGAGGCUGUGGUGAUCAGCUUUGUACGCAGUAAUCAAGACGAGAACGUCGGUGAGCUACUCAAAGAUUGGAGGCGAAUCAAUGUUGCAAUCACAAGGGCAAGGACGAAACUCAUACUCGUUGGAAGCAAGAAAACACUAUCAAAUGGUGGGGAAGUUCUAAAGGGACUUCUCGACAUCUGCGAGCAGAAAGGUUGGAUGCAUAAUCUCGUCGCUGGAGAGCAUUGCUUCCCAGAGCUAGCGACGCAAGUUUCGGGGAUCACGCAAGGAAGUCCGUUGAGGAAGUCGAAUACGACACCGCGCAAACAGCUAGGUAGAGAAGUGCUCGGAGAAUUGAACGUAAACAAGCUUAAUCAGGGAAAUAGAAAGGCACCGGAAAAGAGGGGACGGAUCAAUGAGAAAGGCAUUUUUGGCUCGAGACCGGUUAUGAAGGAUAUUGCAAACGACAUUCUGGAUGGAAUACCAUGAUGGACAGCAUCCUGUUGGUUAUACGAGAGUCUAAGAUAGAGGGUUGCAAAUACAGUAAAGAACAAAUGCAGUCCCAUGAGUACGCACAGCGCAGAACUUGGUUUUAAAUCGUUGACAAGUACGAACGCAAGAAUACUUUCGUUUUGCUGCUUGAUCUGACUGCAAUAACUCAGUAACCAAGCAUGAAC